AUGGAUGGGGGAAUUGAUAUUGAUGCCAGCCGAGAUGUGUACGAAGAGUUCAUUGAUACUGAUGGACCAGGGGAUGAAGCGGAGGUCUUAGAUGGACAACAUAUCGAAAACAACGGGGAGGAUUGCCCUACUAUAGUUCCUAUCCUAGAAUGGUUCACAUCAAACACAUGUGACAAUAUUAAUGACCCAUCACCUACAUUGGGUACAGGACAGCUUACAAAUUCGGACAUUGUAACCACGUUAAAGUGCGACCCCCGUGUCCCAGGGACUUGUAUAUUCAACUCCGCGUUUUGGGCUUUCGGUCCGUGUAUUAGAGGGUUUAGGCAUUGCAGGCCAGUGAUAAGCAUAGAUGCAACGUACCUCUAUGGCAAGUACAAAGGAAAGUUGUUGAUAGCAAUGGCAACAGAUGGUAACAACGAGGUUUAUCCACUUGCGUUUGCCAUUGUUAAAAGCGAGAGCACAGAGACCUGGGGAUGGCAUCGUGGGAUACAAUCAUGCUUCGAUGACACCAGUAGGGGCUACUUGCAACCGCCCUUAACCCAUCACCGGUAUUGCCUCCGCCAUUUAGUAAGCAAUGUUAACACUAACUUCAAUAGUGUGGCAUUGAAGAACUUACUAUGGAAGGUAGCAACUGCGAAUCAAGUUAGGAAGUUUGAAAACACCAUAGAUUGCAUCAAGAAUGUCAACCUGACUAUGUACGACUAUCUUAAGGAGGUAGAUCAAGAAAAGUGGACACUUGUACAUGACCAUGGGCACCGAUAUAGGGCAAUGACAACCAACCUGUCAAAGUGCUUCAAUGGGGUACUUAAGGGCGCACGUAGCUUGCCCAUAACUGCAAUGGCGAAGUUCACAUUUUAUAAGGUGAACUCGUACUUUGAUGAUCGUCGAAACAAAACCCUAGAGCAGUUGCAAGAGGGGCAAGUGUGGUGCAAAUAUGCCUAUGACAAGUUCGAGGCAAAUCAAGAGAAGGCAAAGCUCUAUAUGGUUAGAAGGAUGAGUGCGCAACAACAAUCGUAUACAGUGGAGACAUGGUCUUCACUGUUGAACACUGGUGAGGGAGCUCACACCCAUAGGGUUUCCCUCAUGGACAUGACAUGCACGUGCGAGAAAUGGGAAGCAAACAAGAUCCCCUAUUCACACUUGAUAGCAGUUUGUGCCAAGCACAACCGCGAUGCCACGGAGUAUAUGGAUCGUUUCUACCGCAUGGAAGAACGAUGUCACAGCUACGAGCCGAUAUUCCAACCACUGAAAGAUAGGUUAGAAUGGCCAGAGCUAGAAGAAAGGAGAACCGUGAUGCCAAACCUGCGGUUGAUCCGAGAGGAAGGUCAGCUGAAGUCCACUAGAAUCCGCAAUGAAAUGGAUGACGAGGAUAGGGAGUUGCCAACCUCAUUGUGGAUUGAUAAUGGACCAAAGUCAUAG